AUGGUCCAGCCCCUACGCUUGACCCCAGAUCAGGUCAAACGCUACAGCCGCCACAUCAUCAUGCAAGACGUCGGUAGCGCCGGACAACGCAAGAUGAUGGAAUCCAGCGCGCUGAUAAUCGGGGCCGGCGGCUUGGGUUCCCCGUCCGCGGUGUAUCUGUCCCUGGCCGGCGUUGGCAAGAUCGGUAUCGUCGAUUUCGACGUGGUCGAGUUGUCCAACCUACAGCGGCAGAUCCUGCACCACACGCCCGACGUGGGCCGGUCCAAGGUACAGUCGGCCAAGGACAACAUCCUGUCCUACAACCCUGAAGUCGACGUGGUCCUCCACGAGACGUGGCUCACUUCGGAAAACGCCUUCGACAUCAUCAGCCAGUACGACAUCGUCAUCAACGGGGCCGACAACUUCGCCACCCGUUACCUGGUGAACGAUGCCUGUUACCUGUUGAACAAGCCUCUCAUUGACGGCAGCAUCCUGAUCUUCGACGGACAGGCCACCGUUUUCCUGCCCGGCCAGGGCUGCUACCGCUGCCUGUUCCCGGCUCCGCCGCCUCCGGGCAUGGUACCCAACUGCGCCGAGGCCGGCGUGCUGGGCGCCCUCACCGGGUUGGUCGGGUCUAUCCAGGCUACCGAGGCUCUCAAGCACAUCCUCGGCAUCGGCGAAAGCCUUUCCUCCCGCCUGCUGGUCAUUGACGCACUGAGCAUGCAGUUCCGGGAAGUGCGGCUGCGCCGCAACCCCGGUUGUCCGCUCUGCGGCGACAACCCCACCGUCACCGAACUCAUCGACUACGAAGUGUUCUGCGGCGUGGCCGAAGUGCCCGAACCCGUGGCCAUCGGCGCCGGCGCGUUGUAA